AUGAUCUGGCCACAGGAAUCCCAGCAGACAAAGGAGGCGUUCGAGCGCGACAUUGCCAACCGACACCUCGUCUACUUCUACAACGCCAAGAACCCGCAGACGGGCGCAGACGAGAAGUGGAAGUACGAGAUGUGGUUCCACUCGCACGACCGUAUCGUCUACCACAUCCACGGAGGUCCCAUGGCCGGCCGUAUCAACUACCAGAAGGCAGACUACCAGUGCAUCCGUGCGGGCGAGCUGUGGCAGUGCAACUGGCUCGAAGAGACGGGGACGAUCUGCUCGCUCGUGUACGACAUCCCCAACAAGAAGAUCACGACGCUGCUCGGCUUCUCAAAGGGCCACUGGGAAGAGGCCGAGCAGGCGCACGGCGACAAGCGCAACCCGCACGACCUGGCGCGCUGGCGCAAGCUCGCCGAGAUCGGAAAGCAGACCGACCGCCACCUCCUCCACGACCAGGCCGACAUCGCCCAAGACUUCCGAGGCAGCGGCGACCUCGAGGACAUCAGCUACGACGAUCCCGUCCUGUGA